CAGGUCAGGUAACGAAACUCCCGUUAUUUUUCGUUAUUUACUGACAGUGAUUCCUAGUGUUUGGUUGUCAUACGUGGAGUAAAGGUGAAAGUUCGACAUAGCAUGACUUAUGAAAAAAUUACUUCGUUUUUUGUGAUUUUUAAUGAAACUGUGACUUUUUUAUGACCGUUUACGUAAAAGAAUGCGUGAAUUUUACCACAUAAACGUUUAAAGGGGGUUGAUAUAUUUGUGAGACUUUCAGAUAUGUGAUUAGACGCGUGCGAUUUCAUAAAAAAGUUUUCAAAGUUUGGCGUAAUGGUUUAUGGAACGAUGAAACUCACGGGGAUUGAAACGAGAAGCUUAGUUAAACGUUAUUGUUGACAAGCUCACAAAAAAGAGGGAACGGUCGAAAUAAAAAGGUCGAUGUGGCAAUUAUUGUCCCGUUUCGACCUCAUGGCAAAUGCGUCAGGAUGAAAAUUCAAUUUUCGGUGGAGGCAUAUAUCAUGGCAUGCUGGACCACCACACUUAUCAUAGUUACCAAUUCAGGAAUCUCGACUGCUAAUCCUGAUGCCAAAAGGCUUUACGAUGAUCUCCUUUCAAACUACAAUAAACUGGUCAGGCCCGUCGUCAACGUAACUGACCCUUUGACUGUCAAAAUUAAGCUCAAACUUUCACAACUUAUUGAUGUGAAUCUUAAAAACCAGAUAAUGACGACAAACCUGUGGGUCGAACAAUCGUGGUACGAUUACAAACUUAAAUGGGACCCACGGGAGUAUGGAGGGGUUGAAAUGCUUCAUGUACCAUCAGACCAUAUUUGGCGUCCAGAUAUAGUUCUUUAUAACAAUGCUGACGGCAACUUCGAAGUAACAUUAGCUACAAAAGCCACCCUCAAUUUCACUGGAAGGGUGGAUUGGAAGCCACCAGCGAUAUACAAGUCUUCUUGCGAAAUCGAUGUUGAAUAUUUCCCUUUCGACGAGCAAACCUGUGUCAUGAAAUUUGGCUCGUGGACAUACGAUGGCUUUCAGGUUGAUUUGCGGCAUGUUGAUGAGAUAAGGGGUUCAAGUGUUGUAGAUGUUGGGAUAGAUUUAAGUGAAUUUUACACGUCUGUCGAAUGGGACAUCCUGGAGGUGCCUGCAAUAAGAAACGAAAAGUUCUACACAUGCUGUGACGAACCGUAUUUAGACAUCACCUUCAACAUAACAAUGCGAAGAAAGACGCUAUUUUACACUGUCAAUUUAAUUAUUCCUUGUAUGGGAAUAUCGUUUUUGACUGUCCUAGUUUUCUAUUUACCAAGCGAUAGUGGAGAAAAGGUGAGCUUAUCCAUCUCAAUUCUCCUAUCACUUACUGUGUUCUUCCUACUUUUGGCUGAAAUUAUUCCUCCAACGUCACUGGUGGUUCCUCUCUUGGGAAAAUUUGUUCUUUUCACGAUGAUUUUGGACACGUUUAGUAUAUGUGUUACGGUGGUUGUAUUAAAUGUUCACUUCCGGUCUCCUACAACCCAUGAAAUGGCACCAUGGGUAAGGAGAGUGUUCAUCCAUGUUCUUCCACGACUUCUAGUUAUGAGAAGACCUCAUUACCAAUUGGAUAGACUAAGAAGGUUUGAAUUGGGAAGACUUUCUGCUUGCAACGGUUAUGAACUCCAUAGCUGCGACGACGGAAACGGCGACGAUGGGGUUUUUCCUAGUGACGGCUCCAGGGAUGAACUAACUCGUGGUGAAAUUGGUCCUGCCACCUGUCGUAUCCACGGCGUAAAUCCACCACCGCCGCCCCCAUCGUCGUGGAAAAAGUGCCCAGAAGUUCACAAAGCCAUCGACGGGCUUUGCUUCAUUGCAGACCAUACUCAAAGGGAGGAAGAUUCGACGCGAGUAAAAGAAGAUUGGAAAUAUGUGGCUAUGGUUUUGGACAGACUAUUUCUGUGGAUAUUUACCCUUGCUGUACUUGUUGGAACGGCUGGGAUUAUUCUACAAGCCCCUACCCUGUAUGACGAUCGUAUGCCAAUUGAUGUGCGCUUAUCAGAAAUCGCUUCGACAACGGCUAAACCCCAUGUGGUCACACCGAUUUAAUUGCCCUGCAUUAGAUUCUAUACGACGAAAGAUCGUAGUUUGAAUUUUGUUUCGGAUCUGGGUAUUUCUCGUUCGUUUUUUA